CUGGGAUUAGCACUGAACUGAAGCCGGGAAGGACAGUCCUCACAUCACACGUGAUGGAGAUUAUUCACACUGUGUAAUGUCAUAGCGCUCGUUGUCUUCGGCCGCUUAAGUCUUCAGCGUUAUCUCAAGGUAUAGCUAAAUAAUGGUGACACUGGAAAAUCAGGACCCUGUGCACAGGCCAUGUUGCCCUGAGAAGCUGCAGGCCAUAAGUGAAGCUGACCUGGACAGAAUAGCUCCAAGGACCAGUGUCGUCAGACCAUCCCUCUGGAGAAGAUUCAGGAGUCGGAUACGAUGUUCUCGGGCCAAGGCCUACUCCUUGCUGCUGGACUAUAUCCCUGUCCUGCGAUGGCUUCCACGGUAUCCGGUCAGGGAUUGGUUAUUGGGGGAUUUCGUUUCUGGGAUUAGCGUUGGUAUAAUCCAGUUACCACAGGGCUUGGCGUACUCGCUCUUGGCUAGUCUGCCUCCCGUCUUUGGCCUCUACACUUCCUUCUAUCCUGUGUUUAUAUACUUCCUUCUUGGGACCUCUAGACAUAUAUCUGUAGGGACAUUUGCGGUGAUAUGUGUUAUGAUUGGCAGUGUGUUGGAAACCUUGGCACCCAAUGAAAACUUCAUGCUUGGAGACAAUUCGACUAUAGACACUGUUGCCAGAGACCUGACGAGGGUGGAGAUAUCUAUGGCUCUGGCUUUUCUUGUAGGACUGUUUCAACUUGCUCUGGGUCUCAUUCAGUUUGGGUGUGUGGUCGCCUACCUCUCAGACCCAUUAAUAAGCGGAUAUACCACUGCGUCUGCUGUCCAUGUGUUGGUAUCACAACUGAAAUACCUCUUUGGCAUUAGAGUGAGUCAGAAGACCCAGCCGUUGUCAUUAAUAUAUACCAUUAUUAAUAUCUGCUCAAGAAUUAGAGAAACAAACAUCGGCACGUUGGUCACCAGUAUCAUCGCCAUCGUCAUUCUCUUGCUGAUGAAAUUUUUCAAUGGGACUUUUGCUUCCAAACUUGUCAUUCCAGUUCCCAUUGAACUGAUCAUGCUCAUUGUUUCCACUGGAAUAUCAUAUGGUGUUGACCUAUACAAGAAUUUCGGGAUUGAGAAUGUUGGCCACAUCCCUGUUGGUUUGAAGGCCCCCUUGUUACCGGACUUCAGCCUGUUCGGAGAUAUUGUUGGAAACGCCUUCGCCAUUGCUGUGGUCGCCUACGCCAUAACCAUUUCACUGGGGAAAGUGUUCGCCUCUAAGCACGGUUACAAAGUUGACAGUAACCAGGAGCUCAUCGCCAUUGGCUUCAGUAACCUUACUGGCAGCUUUUUCCAGUGCUUCGCCAUUAGCGCCUCGGUGUCCAGGUCUCUGGUUCAGGAAAGUACUGGGGGAAACAGUCAGGUGGCCAGCGCUAUAGCGUCUUUCGUUAUCCUUAUCAUCAUAUUGCGAGCUGGGGAACUUUUCCAAGACUUGCCAAAGGCCAUUUUGGCUUCAAUCAUCAUAGUUAAUUUGAAGGGGAUGUUCAAUCAGUUCUCAGAAGUUCGAGUCUUAUGGAGAAGCAACAGAAUUGACCUGCUUACCUGGUUGGUGACCUUUGCUGCCACAAUUCUGUUCAAUAUGGACAUUGGUCUGGCCAUCUCUGUCGCGUUUUCCUUGCUGACCAUUAUCUUCAGGACACAGUUAUCCAAUUUCUCCAUCUUAGGCCAAGUGUACGAAACAAGUAUUUACAGAGACGUGUCAAGGUGUCAUCAGGCAAAGGAGAUACCAAGGAUAAAAAUCUUCCACUCUUCCUCCACGGUCUAUUACGCCAAUGCAGAUCAGUAUCUAGGGACCCUCUACCGGAAGUGCGGGGUAGAUGUGGAGAAGCUGAUCCAGAAGAAGAGGAAAGCGAUAAAGAAAAGAGAGAACAAGGAGCUUAAAGCAUUGAAAAAAGCGAAGAAGGAGAAUGAGGCCAGCGAGGAGAUCACAGGACAUGACAACAUUGCCUUUGACCACCUCGAGAUUGGAAAUUUUGAAUAUGCGAUACAGGAGAACAAGGAGCAGGAGACGGCAGAUGGAUCCGUCAUCAUUGUACCAAAACAUGCUGGAAAUGAAGAGAGUGGUGGAAAGAGCACGCUUCAGUCACUGGGUCUGGAGAGGCCGAAUUUCCAUUCGUUAAUAUUGGAUUUCUCAUCUGUGAAUUUUGUAGAUACAGUCUGUGUUAAAGUUUUAAGGAAAAUCUUCAAAAGUUUUGCUGAAAUUGAAGUGGAUGUCUACCUAGCUGGCUGCAAUGCAACAGUGAUAAAGGGGCUGGAGGACGGGAACUUAUUUAACGAAACUAUCACCAAGUCUCAAGUCUUUCCCUCCAUCCAUGAUGCCGUCACCUAUCUCACGAUGGACCACGACCAGAUCUCCAUUCAUGAAACCAAUGGAGCCCCAGAUACAAGACUAUAAUCCGGAUGAAGCAGCGUGCUAUCAGGGACGUCUCCAGUCUGCAAGGAGAAGCGGCUCUAAUCUAUGAUCCGUGGUCGUCAGCCUAUUAUGGAUAGUGUUUCUGUAUU